CGAAACUUCAAAAGAGUAAAAAAAUUUACGAUCAUGAUUCCAAUCUUUCGUUAUUGACCUCAAUAGAUAUUUUCCUCCAUUCAAAUGGCAGCACUGCUUCAUCAAGUUCAAACGUUAUCAGUGAGCUUCUUUCUUAUCACAACAUGAUUAUACACACUAAAAAAUUGUACAUUUUUUUCAUCUAUUUCAUUACUAAAGUAAUUAUUAUAAGAGAUUAAACUGUCAUGAGUAUCAAAUGGAGUAUUUCCUCCACAAUGCAAAGUGGUCUAGAUUAUCCUCUGAACUCAUUACCUUGUAAUAAUAAAUUGAAUGAUACUUAUCGUUGUUCCUGAUUCCUAGUGUGAUUAAAAAGCUUCAAACAUGUAUGAAAGUUUAAGUUUGCGUGUGAUACUUGCUUCAGCGAUCUUAUCCUGUGCUUCAUGUUCCAUACAUUUUGAACCUGGUGUUAUCGAACCUCUCAUCACUGAAUGUUCCACUGUCGAAUUAGUAGCUGAUUCUACUUUGAGGCAUAACAGUACCAUCGAUUUAGAAGCUGAAUUUGAAAAGGUAGCUGGAGUGAAACCAGAGAAAAUCAACGUCACUACUGAGUCAAGGUGGCAUGUGCAUGUUUGUGCAAAAGAGCCUGGAUUCACUUCGAUUUUAGCUAGAAUCGAUAACUCUACUUUAUUAGAUGAUGAAGCUGUUCUGCAUGUAUUCGUUGGAAAAAUCGCUGUUUUGAAAUUAGUUGCCCUCAUCGUAGGUUGGAUUUACUUUAGUGCUUGGUCUAUUUCAUUUUAUCCUCAAAUAUACGACAAUUAUCGUCGUCAAAGUGUGGUUGGACUAAACUUUGAUUUCUGUACGUUGAAUAUCGCCGGAUACCUUUUAUACUCGUUUUAUAACAUUGGAAUGAAAUAUAUCCCAUCGAUACAAAAAGAGUACUUCAGUAGGCAUCCUACUGGUUUAAAUCCAGUUGAAUUCAACGAUGUAUUUUUCUCUACACACGCUUUCUUCGCAUCAGUGGCAGUUAUUUACCAAUGUUAUUCCUACGAGAGGUCGAACCAAUGUGUGUCGAGGAUUGCCAAACUAAUCCUUUUGGUGUAUACGUGUAUUGUAGCAGCAUCCGGUGCGGCGGCAUUUUUUGAUGUCCUUCAUUGGUUGGAUUUCUUAUAUUAUUGCUCCUAUAUCAAAUUAUCAGUAACGAUAAUCAAAUAUAUACCUCAGGCUGUGAUGAAUUAUACCAGAAAAAGCACCGUUGGCUGGUGCAUUGGUAAUGUGAUACUUGAUUUUACUGGAGGAACGUUUAGCAUAGCUCAGAUGUUAAUCAAUGGAUAUAAUUACAAUGAUUGGGAAUCGAUAUUCGGUGAUCCAACGAAAUUUGGCUUAGGUGUAUUUUCAAUAGCCUUUGAUACUCUGUUCCUCUACCAGCAUUACGUUUUAUACAGAACUACCCAAUAUGAAGAACCCAUCAUCGAUGACAGUGUUCAAAAUCCUAUCGAAACAUCUCCUCCUGUAAUGGAUCAAAAUACGAGUAAUGCUGAUUCUAUGACAACGUGAUUGGUAACCAGGAUCUCAAUUCUAUUUCUAUCUCAUGUGUACCGGAGUCUUUCAAGUUUUCAUCAUUGAUGUUCCUAAACUACGCCAUUUUCAGUGAGAUCAUCACCAAAGUCUCAUAGUAUUUAUAUAUUUAAUCACUGUAUCGAUGUAAUUUAUUGAUGUAGAAUUUACUUAUUAUUAUUAUCAUCAUCAUGUAUAGGUACUUUUGCAUGUGAAAAUGAGUAAUUUGAAGCAUGAUGCUCUGAAGCAGCGCUCUUAGAUCUGACUUAAUGUUUGGUAAGGAGUAAUUUGAUGCUAGAUGCUCUGAAGCAGUGCUCUCACAUCUGACUUAAUGUUUGGUAGGUACUCAAGCAAUUUAGUCAGUAUUUAGUAUGUUUUGAUCAAUAGUUGGUGUUCAUGAACAUGAACAAAGAAAAUACAAGAUUUUACUUAGAAUUAUCUGAAUGUCCAGGCUCUAGAGCUACUUGAGCUUACUACAUAUUAGGUAGUAUCCUGUUUCAUCUCCUCAAGGAGCAUUUAAUACAACAAAUCAAGUUGUAAAUUGUGUUAAACAUUGCAUUAGAAGGAAUCUGAAGUGUUUCCAACUGUCUCCAUGAACAUUUAGGUACAUAUAUGUACAUAUAAGCAAAAUAGAGGGGAUAAUUUUCAAAUCAAAAAUUUCUGCCUAUUGUUGGUUUAAAGUUUUACCUUCACUAGCAUGUUUCCAUCAUUUUUUCUAAAUUUUCCAUUCUAUAUUAUUCAUUGGUCAAUGUUUGAAAUGCUUAUAUCAUGGGGACCAGUUCAGUGCUUACCCAUUCUAAUUUAUUCAGCCACUCUAGCCCCUUCUUCCCAGUGACUCAACUUCAAUCAUAGAUAUGCAAGUGUGCUUUCAAGUUCUAAGAUUAUUUGAUAUGACGCUUGUGACACUUGAAAUGAUGUGAAAAUCCAGUUGAAAAAUAUAAAUCUAGGUAGUUUUCAGAAAAGAAAUUAACUUAUUGAAAAAACAUUUAAUUCUUGAGACUUUCUCUAUAGUGAGGAACAACGAGACUCUCUUGCCAGUAUGUUGAGGCAAAGCAUCACAUACACCAAAAUUGUGCAUUUUCUUUGACUGCGAAAACACCACAGAUAUAAAUUGACAAUUUUUUUCUAUUUGUAAUUGAAUAAUCACUUGUACUGAUUUUUCUAUGUUUUUUGUUGCUAUUUUAUACGUUUUCAUUUUAAUUUAUAUGCCAUUAAAGGCCCUUAUUGGGCGUGUGAAAUUUGUGUACGGAUAUAAAAAUUUGUUUUUUCUAUUGUGUUUCCUUUUUGUGUAUCCUCUCCUUUCCAUCUUCUUUCUUAUUCACAUCAUGUGUUUCUGUCGAUUAUUUGUGCUGAUGAAAAGGAAUAAUGCUUUCCUGACAGAUUUAAAAAUACUAUAGGUAGUAACUUUAAUGUACCUAGGUAGAUAUACCUACAGAGAAUUGGAAGAAAUCAUUUUCCAUUACCUAGGUACUAAGUAUGUACCUUAUAAAGCAUGAAUAAAGCUAUAGAAAAUUUUAACAUUAUAGCUUGAUUAAAAUUUUGUAGAAUUCGAUAUUUGAAUGACUCACUUGAGUCAUUAUAACUGUUGAUUGCCUAUUUAUUUAUGUAGGUGCUUAUGCACCAUAAUCACUCGUAUUUUUCUUCGAAAACACGAAUAAAAAUAUGAUAAGAUUAGGUAGAUUUAUAAAUUCGUACAUAUAAUAAUUUCGCCUCUUUCCGAUAAGCUACCUAAGUUUAUUUACCAAUAUGUUCCACGAAAUUGGAAAAGAUAUCUUUCCAUGUUAUGGUAUAAUUAAUUCGUUAAUAACGUAGGUCUAGGUACCCAAAAUAAGUGAUCCGUUACAAAAAUUUCAGAGGUUAAACUUCAUUUCUGGAUCUUUGGGAAAUUUUCGAAAAUUUAAAAAGCCCAGAAAUGUUGUUUCAAGUACCAAUAACUUUUUUUUCAGAAAAUGAACCAAUGUAAAUAAUUCCUCCAAUUCAACUCACACACAUCAGCCAUCAGCAUGUUACUAGUUUUGAGCCAUUCUGAAGCUUCUGAAGAUUUUAAAAUUUUUUCUAAAAAACUUCAAAUCACUCCGGAGAAGCCAAAAAUGAACUUUUUUUGAUCAAAUUGUAAAUUUCAUAGAAAGUGAAAAAUUUCAAAUGUGUACCUAGACCUUACCUACCUAUAUAAAAUUUUUGAAUGAGGUAUUUAACAUGUGGUUUUUCGGGAAAAGAUUUUUUGGAGUACUUGUACCUAUCUACAUAUACGAUCACCAGACUCGAAAACAAUCUCAAUUUGACUUUUUUGGAGCCUGCGGCGAGUUUUCAAAUCCCUGCAGUAAUUUCUAAACGCUAAAAGACACAAUAAAGAACUUCAGAACUUUUGAGUAGCUUUAGACGAUGCUGAUUGGAAACCUUCUCCCAAGUUUUAGGUUUUUUUCCUACCCCAAAAUUCCAGAAGUUCAAUCCAAAAGUGAAUUUCUGACCAGUUUGUAAAUUUCAAAAAAAGUGAAAAACACUAAAUUUUCCCCAGAAGAUACCUACAUUAUUAUACAUCUAAUGGGUGACUUUUAGGCAAAUUAUCCAAUUUUCAAUUUUCCAAGUCAAUUGGGUGAAAUUUUUGUUCUCUAUAUUUUUCAAGUAACCACUUCUAGACUUUCGCAAUUUUACAAUGGCCACUUUUAGACAAAAAGGUUGAAAUUUUCAAAAAUAGGUAGGUACUAAAAUUUCAGCCAAAAAUUUUGAUUGUAAUUUCAUAAAGGGGGAUUUUAUCAAGAAGGGAAAGGGCAAGUGCUGUAAAACUUUCCAUGAAUGUUCAUCUAUUGUACCCACCUUCCAUGCAAAAUAUCAACCCGAAAGCUCUCUUUUAGCUUUCUACAGGUCAAUUUGGUGAGAUUUUGUUCUUCAUAUUUCAAGUGACCAUUUCUGGAUUGUCUCAAUUUUAAAAUGGCUACUUUUGGACAGAGAAGUUGAGUUUUCAAAAAUAAGGUGUUCAAAAUAAGAUGUGAAAUUUUCUGUAGUCUCUACUUUAAAUUGACGAUUUUGACGUCAGUAGGUUGGAUGCGUAGAUGAACAAUUGGCCCUGUUUUCGAUUUUUUUUCCAUCAAAUACUUACCUAUCGAAGUGUCCAAUUAAAUUCUGCGAAGGAAAAAAAAUACACCUAAUUAGGUACCGAACUCUUCGAAGGUGCUCUUUUGAUAAUUUUUACAUUAUCUUUUGAAAGAAAAUUCUCGUAAUAAACAUUUCAUGAAAAAUUGAUACUUAUUCUUGUGUGUAUCGAAUGUGAAUCAUCUUAAUCAACAUAAUUGUUAUAUGUACAUAUGUAUGGUACAUACCUAUGUACUAUUAUUUGUACUUCCAAUAUACGACGGCAUACAUAUUAUCUUUUUUCGCAGAAGUACGAUAACGAGGGGGGGGAGAGAAAUUGGAAUAUAAAAUGCGAAUUUUAAAUCCUCAUAAUCUUACACAUUCGUUGAUUUACCAACGUUGUGCUUUGUGAGAAGAUCAAAUUCUGCUACUGGAAGUUUUGAACCUCCUAUUUACUUGCUGUUUCUUGAAAUAAUCAGGAUAACCAGAAAAUUGAAAAUAAACGUGAAAACCAGCCAAGGAAAAUAAUCGCCAGCUGAAAGACAUGCAUUUCAAGCCAUAUCUUCGUUUCGCCAUUUUUAUGGCGUUUCUGAGUAUCUCAGUUCAUGGAUUCCAAGAGAAUAAUUCUGAUUUGCAUUCCAUAAGUGAAUCAAUUAGGCCAAUCGCUGUUCCUGAAAACGCAUCUAAAUCCCUAUCAAAAUCAUUCGUCGAGUUAAUUAAACAGAUAUCGGUAGUACAAGUUCAAUUAUCAAUCCAGAUGAAAGAGAUGGAAAAACAAUACCUUGAAUUGGGUCUGAAAGAAGAGGUUGAACAACAAAAGGAUCAAAUAGAAAGGCUAGAGGAGCUACUCAAACAAACGAAAGAAUCCAUCGAUAAAACGGCAGCAGAACUCAGAAAUAAAGAAGAAAAGAUCGAAUCGAGAGAAACUCAGGUUCAGAAAAAAGAACAAAGCGUUGUUCAGGCAGAAAACGAAACGAAAAUCAAAAUGACACUCGUCAAAGAACAAGAAGAACAAGUCAAACAGAGUAAAGAAAAUAUUGAAAAAUCUGAAGCUGAAAUGAAAAAAAGGGAAGAAAUUUUGAAAAAACGAGAAGAAAUAGUGGCGCAAAAAGAAAACCGCACCUGUACAGUUUCUUGGAUUCGUGCAUCCAAUGGUUAUAUACCCCCGAAUGCAAUUUUAGGAGCGCAAGAAGGAAUACACAAAUUUUAUGUUGGACGAGCAUUCCAUCCUCCUAGCAAUGCCAUGAUUCUUGGAAAAAUAUAUCCCAUGGGCCAGUCAAUAUACAUUUCACUCUAUGGCAAAGAAUAUUCGUACAAAGAGUACGAAGUUGCUGUAUUAAGUCCGCCUAACUAAGAUGUCCGUUCAAUUUCUUGGGACAGAUGCGCCAACACUUUCCAUUAGGACAUACUCUUUCGUUUCGUAACACCGACGAUGAUUCACAGUUUCAUAAUUUAUGAUGAAUAGGCAUGUUAGUGAUGAGAAACUAAAAAUACUUAAGUUUUAAAAUUAUUUUAUUUUUAUGUCCAUUAUGUAGACCUCAAAAAAUUAUCCCGUUUGAAUUUACUAGAUUAAAAUAAGUAGGUAUGUAAAUAAAAUUGAAUCAAAAAUAAAAAUUAUAUAUCUAUA